UUACGUGCAAAUUUCUUCGAGAAUAUGGAGAAAACGCGCGGGGGGGGGGUGACUCUUGAGAUUGGAUUCAUUUGUUCCUCCCACUUCGUGCGUGUGGUCACGGUUACCUGGUGCCUGUUUUGUUAAUGAAUAGGAGGGAUAAUUUCCAAAUGCACUGACCUGAUGUACAGCUUAAGGCCAGCAGGGUAGCCAGUGUGGGACGGUACUGCUGCGGCUCUCCGCCGGGAUUGACGGCGCACCGGCGAGCGCCAGCGACACCUAGUGGCUGUGCGAAGGCUGUCGUGAUGUACUCUGAGUCUGGGCAGGGCUGCAGUCUGGAAGAUGAUGACGGUAACCAUGGAAGCAGCUUGUCCUGUAUGGGGCAGGAGAUGGAAUCCACAGUCUUCAUCGCCUUCCUGGGAAGUAUGGACGAUGAAGACUUCCAGGAAAAACUUGACAGCAUCUUGAGCGGUAUACCUGGCUUACUGCAAUUAGAUGUGGAGAGACUGCGCCCCCUAUGUGUGGAGCCGUGGAACAGCGUCCGCGUGACCUUCAGCGUCCCCCGAGAUGCCGCCGAGCGUCUUCGCCUGAUGGCCCAGUGCAGCCAGCAGCAGCUGCGAGACUUGGGCAUCCUGUCCGUGCAGAUCGAGGGGGAGGGAGCCAUAAAUGUUGCCUUUGCGCAGAAUAGAGGUCUGGAGGUCAGGGUCAGUGGACCCACUGGAGCGGCCGCCCACAUGAGGAUGGAUGGGAGUUUCCCGAUGCACAUGGGUCCAGGUGUGCGGGUGACCAACCCCUCUGAGCCAAUGGUUUCCCAAUGCCCAGGAAUGCCCCCCCCAGGGAUGGUGGCAGGGGCCACUGGCGAGUUACUGGUGAGGGCUGCCCUUCCUCACUCCCCGGCAGACUCAACGAACUCCAUGGCCUUCAGUCCCUCCAUGCAACACCAGCAACAUCAGCACCAACAGUCUUAUCAUGCUCAACCAGCUCGCUGCCCAGUCCUCAUGCUCUCUGUGCCUACCCACAUGCAGUCCGAACGGCAACUAAACCCAGUGACCUUGCACUUUCAACACCAGAGAUCCCAGCUCACGCAGCCAGGGGGCACUUGUGCUCCAUUCAACAAUCAGAUGCCCGUUCCGGCUGGAUGGAGCCGGCUCCCGUCUGGUGUCCUGCAGCCGCCACCCACCCAGGGGUCCAUGGGUGGGACCUGGAGGAAUGGGCUUCAGCAAGUUCAAGUGACACAGCACCCCUCAGUUCUAAUUCCAAGACAGCCUCCACCUCCGUACCCCUCUGGGAGUCAGCAAGCUGGCCAGAUCUUCAAUGCCAUGGGGCAGCAACAGCAACCAGGACCCCAAUUCAUGGCCCCGCAGCCAAACGGCCUCCAAAGGCCAGCUGGACCACAAGUCCCUGCGCCUCCACUACCCUAUGCAACUCACCAGGGUCACCUCAGCUCAAAGUCCCCUGUUUCUUCCCCUUCUCCUUUCCGACAACCCUCUCCCCCAAAGCCGGGACAGAAUCAGGCCCACCUGGGCCCCCGGCUGCCACACGCCAUCAGCUCUCCAGGCAGGAUGGUGUUCAGCCAGCAGUGUGGUGCUUCUCCUCCAGACGUCAUGGUCACCUCCCAGCAGAUCCAGGUGGCCCAGGUCCCCCAUGCUGGAUCGGGAGGAGCUCUCAAUUCUCCAUCUACCCUGAGUCAUAUGCAAGGGUCACAUGAUCAGAAUGACUUCAUACAAAGCAACCAGAGUGGCAUGGCUAGCCAACCACUGGGGUCCACCACCUCCCAGGGCAAUCACACCUCCUUUGCUGGCCAGGUGGUUCAAGGCCAAGUCGGGGGAGAGACAGUUGUCACCAGGCCUCAACAUUCAAACCCGGGAUUGAUGGGCAACCAGAACUUCAAUGUGGGCCUACAACAAGGGAUGACUCCACCCACAUUACUAGGAAAAGGGCAGCUUAUGGGCAACCAGGGGAACCAGUCAAUGAUGAAGCAGCCAAAUGCUAUGAUGACAGAGAUGAUGGUCAGUCAGAUGCAAGGAAACAAGCAGGACUUUGGGUUUAAUGGUCAGAUAAUGAGGUCCCCAAACAUGCAAGGUAACCUGGUCCAAUUUCACACUCAGAUGGGUCAACAACAGCAGCAGUCGGCUCCGCAGCAGAUACAACAACAACAACAGCAGCAGCAACAUAUGGAAAAACAGCAGUACCAGCAGAUGAUGCAGCAGUUUCAAUCCCAACAGCAACUCCAGCAUCAGCAUCAGAUAACACAGCAACAGGUUCAACAGACACAGCAUGAGAAGAUGCAACAGCAUCUAAUUCAGCAGCUGCAGCAACUCCAACAGAGUCCAGUGAAUGGCAAUGCCGACCAAACAGCAGGCCUUCAUCCAGCACUUGUGCAGUUUCAACAGCAGCUGGAACCGUUUCCGCAGCAGGAUGUUCAGCAGCACACACGGUCACUUGGGGAUAACACUAUCAUCUCAGAGGAGAUGCCUCUGCAACAGGCAUUGCCUGACCUAGAGAACCAGCAUCCACAGAUAGCAACUACCCAGUCAAUGCUGGUAGGGAGUAGUCAGUUCUCUGGCCAUGGGAUGCCCUUCGACCCCCAUUUUCCAGGACAGAUGAGCAUGGGAGACCAGUGCGUGCAGACCGGUGGGUUCACGGUCAACAACGACAUCACGCUCACAAGUCCCCUUCUGGUCAAUCUCCUUCAGACUGACGUCUCGGCAAAUCACGUUGGCCCUAGCGGAAAGCAAGGGGUUACAAACCAAUCAAAAGCAAAAAAGAAAAAAACCCCGAGCAAAAAAAAAGCUAAAGGUAAUGCAGGAUCAUUAGCACAAGCAGAAGUUGCCCUUUGUGGACUUGACCCUCAGAACUCUGUGGAGGUGCAGUUGAUGCAUGGGGACCAGGGACCUGGAAUAGAUCCCACUGGAUCCCAUCUGCCAGACCUCCCCAACAGACCUACAGGGUUUCCAGGUCAACUGGGAGAUCAAAGGGCUUUACAUCAAAUACCCAUUCAGUUUGUGCAACAGCAGAAAUUGCAGAGUCUGCAGGUGCCCCUGGGUCAAGUUGGACGAAUGUCCCAAGGCCAACAAUUAGGUCAGACCCAGGUCAAUCCACACCAGUUCCAGCCUCAACAAAAGAUCCAGCAGCAGCAGCAGCAACAUCACCAGCUGAAUCACCAACAGCAGCAGAUGAUAAUGCUCAUGAGGCAGCAAGAACAAGCUAAAAAUAGAAUGCCUCUCUCCCAGGGAGUCCUGUAUACAGCAGAUGGCCAGAGGAUGCCUGUUUCUCAGCAGGGAAACAUGCCAGUAAUGAUUAACCUACGAGGCAAUGGCAGUGUCCCACCAUCCCCUGACAAACCGAGGGGACUUCCCUUCAUGAUGAACCCACAGGUAACUGCGAGAAGGAUUCCUGUCCCUGAUUCGGUACGGGGAAGUCCAUCACUGAAUUCAGAUGAAGCCUCCGGAAUACACGUUCUGCCGACUAACACUUCUAAUGAAACAGGAAGUGGUGUGCCACAUAUGGUUCUUAAUCAAGGUUGUGAUCUUCAGCCGAUGAAGUCAGGGACUUCGCCAAAACCACAGCGUCAAGGAGCAAGUCCCCAGAAGCUGCAGCAGCAACAGCCGCAGCAGGCUGGCACGAUGCCAGCUUCACAUAGCCUUCAUUUCACCAGCAUUUCGCCCAGCUCACAGGGCUCCAGGCCCAAGACACCCAACCCAGCUAGUCCCAGGCCAUAUCACAAUCCACUUCCCGAAACCAGUCGGCCACCUAGCACUGAGCCCUCUGAGAUCAAUCUCUCCCCAGAGAGAUUAAAUGCUUCAAUAGCUGGUCUCUUUCCACCAAAGAUAAACAUUCCUUUACCUCCUAGGCAGUCUAAUCUUAAUCGAGGAUUUGACCAGCAGGGCCUUAACCCCACGACCCUGAAAGCCAUUGGGCAAGCCCCUACCAAUAUGAAUUCACUAGUGAAUGGCAACAACAAUAAUCAGCUGUCUUUUCUUGAGGCUAGCAAUAGAGCGAUCCCAGGUGGGAAACCUGGAAGCCCGGUGAGAAGAGCCAGCCCAAGCAACAGUAGACAUGCUAGCUCAGCGUCAACCCGCAAGACAGUACCUAGCCCUGGAUGCCAGAAAGGCACUAAAACAUCCCUAUCUUCCCCGACACACCAGCAGCCCCCGGUUAAUAAUGCAAAUGCAACGAUUCGCCAUACGCCCAUGCACCCUUCUUCUCAAGAUGUGCCUGAGAUCCAAAAUCCGUUCCAUGAUCGCCAUGGCUACCCCACUGACAUGACUCGUGAAGGACAAGGAAUACAACCUGUGAAGCAUCAGUUUUCCCAGCUUACAAGUGACCCUCCAAGGGAGAAUGUUAUAAGUCCUCCAUGUGGCGAAUGUGUUAUUGGAGAGCCAGAAAUUCAGGAUGUAAAAAAAGCAGAACGGACUGAGGCUUUAUCUCAACAGGGACCUAAACCCAAUUCUUCAGUAGCUCUGAGGGAUGUCCCAACCUCUUCAAAUCAGCUGUUGGACAGUUCGCUUCCAGACACAACUUCUGUAAAACCUGACCAGGAUCAUACUUCAGAGGGAAAUAUGAGUGAAAAUGAAAGCACUGUGGGUGACAAAAGCCAACUGCACUCUGAUGUCACCACCCUUACAGAAAAUGAACAAGAAGUGAAGUCUAAACUCAGUUCAGCUACAAGUCCCAAACUUAACCCAUAUGUCCAUCAAAACCUCAUCACUGUUGUCAGUUCCAGUUCAGGCAUUACUUCCAGUUCAUGUCCAAAGUCAAUCAACAGUUCCAUUUCCAGUUCUCACCCUAGUGUCACCAUUAACCAAAACCUUGGCCCUAACUCUACCACUAACUCCUUGACAAGUUCUGCAGUCUUGCAGAGUGUCACCUCAGGUGCCUCCGUUCCUUCCAACCAAAUCACUAUCUUUGUCUCCUCAAAUUCCAUUAGUUCUUCUGUGAACACAACUUCUAGUGGAGUCCCAGCCUUAGUCUCUGCUGUAGUUACUGCUCCUAAUGAAGGUUCUGCACCCUGGGAAGGAGGAGCCAUGCUUACUACAACUGCACAUAACUCUUGUUCCCCUCAGUUUCCAACAACUCCUGUCUUAAUCAACUCAAUUCUUCAGGAUCCUGCUUCUUCCAUUCCCCACGGUACAAAUGUUAUGUCCCUACCAGUAACUGCAAUGGGGUCAGUAAAACUGUCAACAGAUCUCCAGCUCGCACAAGUGCCUACAUCAGCUCAGUCUCCUGUAAAUGGCAUUCACAACAACCAGGCAGGUCAUGAACUUGUUGCACAGGUCAAGAUGCCCUCAAACCAAGUUGCUGCUGUUGGCAAUGUUUACCAUUCUCAACAGCCAUUCCCUGGAACCCUAAAGCAGGAAAAAGAUUCAGCUGAAGAAGUUGCACUAAAGCAUAAUCCACUUGGGCAGCUAUCUCUAUGUCUCAAUACAGCGAAGGCAUCCUCUGUCUCCAAGCCCCUGUUACCGGCUAAACUGUGUUCCAGCCCAGGAACUGCUGCUCAUUCUCAAGAAAACCCCAUAUCUACUACAGUUUCCUUGUCCAAGAGCAGCCCAAGGCAGGUGCUCAUGACUGAAUCAACUGAAGUUCCGUCCCUCACUGUAGAGAAAGUGGAUGAACAAGCAAUUCAAGUUUCUGAGGUUGCAGGACAAUCGGACCAUACAUCCAGAAGUAUACUACCUCACUCUUCCCAUCCGGCUGGCCAGUCAGAGAUUCUUGAGGGACACCAAUCCACUUCUCCUCCAAAACAACCUCCCCAACCUGUUCCAGAGCUCCCCUUUCCCCCUAACUUUUCCCCAGCAGACACUGCUGAUCCUGGACCAGUUUUAGUCAGCUCUGGAGCCAUAUCAGCACCACCCUCCCCAGAUGGGGAGCAGAGCCCACCUGCAGUGGUUGAAACCAGCCGACCGGCUCCAGAAAGCAUCCAAGCUGUAGAACCCAGGUUAAACAGUGCACAGCAUACUGGAGAUGACGGCGGAGCAGCUUUAACCGAGAAUGGGGAUGCUGUGGGUGAACCAGAGAAAUCCAACCCUGCAAGCCGACGCAGCUCAUGGGCAGAGGAGGAGCCAGAUGAAGGGGCUCCUUCGCCACUGGAGGUGCCUGAUGGAGGACAAAGGAAAAGGAUGGAGAAGCCGGGAACUGGGUCUGCCUCCGUCAUCUGUACCACCGCCACUGGACAAGAUACAAACACUGGAGCAGGUCCUACCCAGGCCAAGCGGAGGAAAUCAAAAUGACUUCUGAAUAGUCAAAGCUACUUGAUUUCUUUCUUUUUAUAAUGAAGUAAUCAUACACGUUUGUCUGACCAGUACUACUGUGUCUAAGGUCUGCUGCAAUGCCGAAGAUUUUUGUUUGAUUUUAAUUGCUGGAUUAAUAUAUCGCCUAUAGUUUCUAUUAUAUAAUUUUGCUGAAAUCAGAAUGUAAUUUUCCACUUUAUUGGCGAUGAAAUAGGAUGAGAGAUUUAUUUAAUGCCUUAGCCAUGAUUUAGAUAUGAAUAAAAUUCACAGCAGUAGCAUUUUUAAUAGGCUUUAAACUUAAGUCACUUUUUGUUAAUGUGAGAUCUGUUUAAUUAUCAUGGUUCCUAGACAUUUUUCUUUUUGUAUGACCCAGGUGCAAAGACGUAGCUCUGAUUUAAAAAAAACUCUGUGGAAGUUAUGUGAUUUAAUAACAGGCAGCUACAAACACUUCAGAGCCUUUAUAACUACUGAAAGCUACAAACCACUGUACCAGUGCACUGAAUAGUCUUUGUAACACUGGACUAACUGGCUUAGAGUAACACCACUGUGUGCUUUACCAAAUGUGUGGCGUUUUUUUCGAAAAUAAAUUUACUGCGAUAAUACAAAGUAA